UUUGAAAGCACGCGAUUUGAAAGAUCACAUAAAGGCUCAUCUUAAUAUACGGGAUAAAAUCUGUGAAACAUGUGGCAAGGGAUUUACCAAUUGUCAUUCACUUAUACGACAUAGACAAAUACAUUCCGAAGUUAAAAAAUUCGCUUGUAAAUUAUGUGAAGCAAAAUUCCAUCAAUUUGUUGGAUUAAACUCACAUAUGAAAAGGACGCAUGGCAUAGUCAAAAGUCAACAAAAGUCCUAAAAUUAACAGACGUCGGAACUUUAUAUUAAAAUGGAUGGAUGCAAAACAAAGUUAUACCCAACAUUAAUAAUUUCAUUUACAAAUAAAUUUAAUAGUACGCAUGUGACCAAUAUAUAACGAGCGAUAAUUAUUUAUAAUUAAGAAUUACCAAGCAUUGCGAAUGCUAUUAUUGUAACCGAAAUUCAGUUCUUUCGUAUUGAAGAAUCAUAGCUUGCUCAGUUCUAUGGAGUUACUAUUAAAGGAGUUUCGCAAGAUGGAUUAACAAUAUUAUUCAUUGCAUCAUUAAAAUGUAUAAGUAAUCAAACGUACAUUAAUAUUACAAAUAUGACUUUCAAAAGGAAAAAAAAUGUAUUUUAUAUACAUCAACGUACAUAAAAACUCAUUUCUUGUAGACUAAAUAAUUAUUUUUUAAGCUGAUUACAUAAAAAAUAUGUAUUUAAUGAAAUUAGAAUACAGAAUAACUUGUUUUUAUUUUUGCAUGAAAUUGUAGGUUUUAAUUACCAUAGUUAGAAUGAUCCGAUUUUGGUUAAAUAUACGCCGUUUUGUUCGAUAACUUGUUGCAAUUUUAUGGAUAAUUUCAUUACGCCGCUCUCAUACAAGCCUUAGUUCCUAUUGGCAAAAAAUUGAGACAGUUGAUUUUCACAAGCCUCUCUUGAAGCGAAUUCUUUACCAGCAAAAUUGUUCGCCAUGGACAGGAACAGAUGGUAAACACUUGGUGCCAGGUCCGGACUAUAUGGUGGAUGCAUAAAAACCUCCCUACCAAGCUCCCGGAGCUUCUGGCGAGUCACUAUCGAUGUGUGUGGCCUGGCGUUGUCCUGAUGGAACACAAUUUUUCUCCUAUUGGCUAAAGCUAGCCGCUUCUGUCAUCAACCGCUUCAGAAAUGGGUCGAUUUUGUGACGAUUCAGCAGCGAUUCGCAGAUGGAAAUUCGGUCCAUGAGAUUUUUUUGGGUUUACUCGUGUGGCACCCAUAGAAUAGUAUAGAAUGAAUAUGAGGUUUACAGUGCGACCCAGGGUCUAUUGUGCCCUCUCCUCUACCACAUGCUUUCCCAAAGUCCCAGCACCUCGAAAAACUCCAAGAACUUGCUGGAUGCUAUUGAGGCAAUGUUAUCCCUGCUCACAUAAAUGGAGCCUAGGGCCUUGAGCCUGCGUCUACAAAUUGCGGGGCAAUCUGUUCUGGUGUUUCCGGCCCCAUGUCGCAGAAUCGGCAGUUGCCACAAGAAGCCAUGUUAGGACCCUACGUUGUGUUGCACCCAUACAUCGAACUUCUUUUGGUAUCCAGCCUUAUUCAAAUGGUUCCAAACGGUUUUUUGUGCAAUCUUUAGCUCUUGGCCAAUCGAAACAGUGUUUACAUGAUGGUCGGACGGUCUGAUUAGUUGUUACAGUAUCAGGACCAUAAACGCUAUUCACAUUUUCAGCCGCCUGACUUGUUUUUUCGCCCUUAUCGCAGAAAAAUUCUAAAAUAUAGCGAAUUUUAUCUUUACUACUAUCCAUCUUUGACGUACGCUCAAGCAAAAUUGAACAACCAAUCACAAAAUUGUCAGAGAAGCUUUUGUUGUACGAAAUCUCAUCUUUAUAACGCCAGCUAGCGGAACCCGAUCGGACUUAUACAUCGCGAGAUACAGAUAAAUAACGCCAUCUAAUGGAAAAAUAAUGGAUUUCUUUUUACUACACCUAAUAUUUUCAAAGUUCGUUAGACGUAUAACAUUAUUAAUAAGUAAACAUUUAAAUUUUUUUUAUUAUUAGUAUACUUGGAAGAAUGAAACUAAAUGACUAAUAAACAUUUGAAUAAUAUUUUAUGUUUUUAUGUAUAAUUGAAUAAAUUUGUUCAUAACGCGUUUGAGAACUGCUGCAAACAGCUGUUUAACAGCUGAUUUGAUCAAAAAACAGCUGUGCUUAUCAAAUUGGUAAAAUGUGAUGCAAACCGCUCCGCUCAUCAGUGAAAAAAGAAAAUAGUUUAGUAAAUUUUAAAAUAUCUUAAUGAACAGCUUCAAUAUAGUGCAUUCAAUAAAUAAAAGUGUAUUUUUCUAGCAUUAAUACUCACAGUUAAAAUGAUUAAACUAUUUUCACAAUUAGCCGGCAGUAGUUUGCGUUCUCUUCGCACUCUAACCGCAGACUCGAAGCUUUCUACCGCUAAACUAGCCAGUGUAUAUAGUACAAGAAGAAAAUGGUUUAGCAAUACGAGCGCCGUUGCAGCACAAGCUGAUAAAACGCGACAUUGUAAUGUGGGUACAAUAGGGCAUGUGGACCACGGCAAAACUACGUUAACAUCUGCUAUAACUAAGAUUCUGGCUGAGAAGGGACUAGCGCAAUAUGCGUCGUACGAUCAAAUCGAUAGGGCGCCCGAGGAGAAAGCGCGAGGUAUAACAAUAAAUGCUUGUCACAUUGGAUACGCAACAGCGGAACGUACCUAUGCACACACCGACUGUCCGGGACAUGCCGAUUAUAUUAAGAAUAUGAUAUCGGGCGCGUCACAAAUGGAUGGCGCUAUACUGGUCGUCGCCGCAACCGAUGGACAAAUGCCACAAACGCGUGAGCAUCUUCUACUUGCCAAACAGGUUGGCAUCGAACGUAUUAUUGUAUUCAUCAACAAAGCUGAUUUAGUUGAUCAGGAAGUAUUAGAACUGGUGGAAAUAGAAAUGCGUGAAAUGUUAACAGAUUUUGGUUUUGAUGGCAUUAACACUCCGGUAAUUUGCGGUUCGGCAUUAUUAGCUUUAAAUGGCGACACAUCGCCCUUUGGUGUACCAGCAAUUGAAAGCUUACUACAUAAUUUAGAUACUUAUGUGCCGACACCAACGCGUGAUUACACAUCACCCUUCAUAUUGCCAAUUGAUAAUGCAUUCACAAUGGCUGGACGUGGUACAGUCGUCGUUGGCACAAUAAAGCGUGGAACAAUGCUUAGAAACGAUUUAGCCGAUUUGCUCGGUUUCAAUCAAAAUAUCAAAACUAGUUUAGGAGAUAUACAAAUUUUCAAAAAAAGCGUACCGAAGGCUGUAGCCGGUGAAAAUGUUGGUGUCUUAUUACGUGCCGUUAAAAUUGGCACCGUGGAACGUGGUAUGCUCCUAUGUGCGGCUGACACCGAAAAUAUCUCAAAUCACUUCGAGGCCUCCAUGUAUUUACUAUCACGUGCAGAAGGUGGACGCACUAAACCUAUGCUCUCCAAAUACAUACAACAAUUGUUUAGCGCCACUUGGAAUGCGCCGGCACGCAUUGAUAUUAUACCCUCCGAUGGCAUGCUGAUGCCUGGCGAACAUGGCAAGGUGCGCGUAACAUUACUGCGAAAAAUGGUUUUAAUACCAGGGCAAGCUUUUACGAUAAGAGAAAAUGGUUCGACCGUGGCAACGGGCAUGAUUACCGAAAGAAAACUCUCUUUGGAUAUACCAAAAAAUAAAUUGUCUAAAAUUGUGGUAACUUGUUAAGGUGACACACAUACAUACAAAUAUUUAUAUGUAGGUAUAAUAAAAUGCAAAUAAAGAAAACCAA